AGAAACAAAAGCAUCUUCUCUCUCUUCUCUCACUUCAUCUUCAACAAAUCACGCAGGUCCAUCAUCAUCAUCAUCAUCUUCAUCGUCAUCACCAACUUCUUCAUCAUCACCAUCAAUGGAAUUCCCCAAACCAAACCACUUUUUACCCUAAAAAAAUCGAUUCCUUUUAUCUUCCUCUCUUUAGUUUUGUAGGUUUUUUCUUCUUCUUCUUCUUCUUUUUUUUUUUUUAUCUUCCAGAUUUUUAAGUUUAACUCUUAAUUAUAGUUUGCUUGAGUUCUCGACCCUGUAGCUUCGUUUCUGUUUAUAAUUUCUAGUGAUCCUUUCAGUACAAACCAUUAAAAAAACCCUAAUGUCACAAACCCACCGACUUCUUCUCUCUCUGUCUCUGGCCCAUCCUUAAACCCACUCUGCUUUUGCUUUUCUUUUUUUUUUCCGGGAAAUUUGAUAUCUUUUUUCCUCUCGUCAUUAUUUGUAGGGAUGAUCUUUUAGUUUUUGUUUUGUUUUCCCCCAAAUUCUCACUUUUUUUCUCACUUCAUCUUCACAUAACCGAGUAAACCCUAGAAUUCUCCCCCCCCCCCUUCUAAUUCCAAUGGGUUUCAUCAGUCACUGUGCUUAAUCAUGUCUAGGGUUUACUUGUCCUCUGUAAUCAUGGCGUACCAGUCAGUUCCGGGUUCUGGGUUUCACUACUUGAAUUCUCCUUUCGGUGAUACAACUUUCACAAAGGUAUUCGUCGGUGGACUUGCUUGGGAGACUCAAAGUGAAACCCUUCGUCGCCAUUUCGAACAGUACGGUGAAAUCCUUGAAGCUGUCGUCAUUGCUGAUAAGAACACUGGCCGAUCCAAAGGAUAUGGCUUUGUGACUUUCCGAGAUCCAGAAGCUGCUAGGAGAGCUUGUGUUGACCCAACUCCCAUUAUUGACGGUAGACGUGCAAACUGUAAUCUUGCUUCCCUUGGGAGACCUCGCCCUCCAUUGCCCUAUGCAUUGAUACCUAGUAUGCCUGGGCGUUUAAGACCAGCUUCCCCGUACAUUGGAAAUGUGCAGGGUCCUCGUGGUUCACUUAUUGGAAAUUAUCCGUAUCAGCAACCACUUCCAUUUAACUACCAGCAAGGACUUGUGUAUCCUUAUGGGGUAACCGCUUAUGGACCCGAGUACAUGUACUCACAAUCACAGGGUUUAUAUGGUCCAUACAUGGGUCAGCAGUACCUUCAGGUCUAUGGAGUACCUGGGGCAGUGAAUUCACCCGUUUAUCAAUAUGGGCAAUUAAGUCAGACUAUUCCCAGUGGCCAGGGUUAUACAGCAGUUCAAGGCUAUUCAGUUCCAGGAAGCCAUGUUCUGCAGCUUGGUGGACCUGCUGUCAGUGCGAUGACCACUUCAUCUAUGUCUGCUCUUCAAGCUCCAUACCCUUCAGGUAUGCCAGGCCCUGCUCCUGUACAGUCGCAUAUCAUUGUCCAUUCCCCUCAAUUUAUGCAGAGUAGUGGUUCUGACCAAACAACAAGUUAUUCUUGAAGACUGAGGAGAAAAGGAAGUUAAGCGGUAGCAAAACUGCUACUUAAGGUGGCAGCAGAGGCUUCCUGUUUUAUUAAGUCUUGCACGUUAUUUAUCAUGCAUCCUAAAAGGUUAUAUAAAAUAGUCUUGCUCACUGGAAAGGCGCAGAAGGAAACACGAAAAGGAAAUUGGAGUUACAGGGUUUGUGCUUCUGUUUUCUUACCCAUCCAUCAAUGUGUAUAAAACACAGCCACACAAGCUGCUGGCUCGAGCUCGGGUUGAGUUUGAAGGCACUAUAAUGGUUUUGCCCUCGGGAGGGGAAAACCGUUAGUAAUAAGUUGGUGUACAAUAUGCAUAUAUAUAUAUAUAUAUACACACACAUACACGAGCAUAUACAUGGUAGAAUCAAAAUCUGAUUCUUUUAUAGUCUAAAAGUCGUAAUACCACUACACUUCCUUCAGGUAGAGGAGUGUAGUGAGUAACAUUGAUAGGUAUAUAGCCUUUGUCCCCAGGUCCUGCAUUGUAAGUAAAACAUGUUCAUGUUCUUGUCUGUUACUGUGCAUAUUUAGGGUUCUCUCUUCUCCUUUGUCUGAACGCACUGAUGAAUUGUUAUCCCAAGCUUACUUCAAAGUAUGGAGUCAGCCCUUUCUCAAGAUUUCAUUGCAAAAGAAAAAAAGUGAUUGUUCAGUAAACAAAUUGUUUGAUCAA